CUGUAUUUCUCACGGCCAGUGCCGGCUGACCUCCAACUCCUCUACGGCAUACAGUUCAGUUACUACCUCGCCAAUGUCUACAUGGUGCAGUAUCAGGACACUAAGAAGAAGGAUUCAACCAUGAUGCUGUUCCAUCAUGUCGUAACUCUCCUCCUAAUCGGUUUCUCAUAUCUGGCAAGGUACCUGAAAGUGGGGUGCAUUGUGUAUCUACUGCAUGAUGUCUCCGACGCCUACUUGGAGACAGGAAAGCUUCUGGUAUACUCCAAUGGACGCGAAAAUAAGAGGCAUCCGUUCUGUGAAUUCAUGUCUUCCUUCCUGUUCCUCGGUUUUGCGGGUUCUUGGUUCUUCCUGCGGAUAUAUUUGUUUCCACUGCGAAUGCUUCAUGCCACAAACUGGUGUGUAUACCUGAAACGCGACAUCAUGAUUCCGAGGUUCUACCUGUUUUUCAAUCUUCUACUCCUGGCACUCGUCAUGAUGCAUCACAUAUGGGGCUGGUUGAUAAUCCGAAUGGUUGUUCGCCUCUUCCUGCGUCCGACAAGUCGACUUGAAGACAUUCGCGAAGAGGGAGAAGCGAACGGGCAUGCAGUGAAGGACAAGACGGCAUAA